AGUAGAUCUGAAUGCUUGAUUUUUUUUCAGUGAAAAAAACACAGGUAAAAAAAACUGUGCUGGCACAAAUUUCAAUACUUGAAAUUCUGGAAAACCCCAAAAAUAGAAAAUUUCUGCAAAUCAAAUCCAUAACCAGAAAAUUUAUGGACCAGCUAGGAGUUGAGCCUACCACCCAUUUGCUGCUGAGUUGCUGUUGAGUGUGGCUCAUUUUCCAACAAAAAGAUAAAAAAACCCAAAACAGUAUUGGGUAGUUUCAUCCUACAUUUAAGGAUUCUUCUGUGACAAUUUGGAUAUGUAAAUUUGAGAUUUGUUAAAGUUUACCAGAGGUAUUGAAGCUGUGUGUGGAAGGAGAGUAGAGGUCUAAAAGACAGUUAGGUUGUUUUAGGCCACAUAAGAGAGGUUGAUGAAGAUGGAGAAAGAGAUUGGGAGGGUUUUGAAGAUGAUUUAAAUCAGGUGUUUGGAGAAUAUAACUUAUUGCUGCCAUUUGUCAGCCGAAGGAAUGAGCUCCUAGGGCUGGUAAAAGAUAAAAGUUCCUGUCUUUCAGCAUUAGAGAAAUAUCCAGUUGAAGUAUUGAGGAGUGAUUUGCUUCAUUUUAUUCAUGAGAAGAAGAAUUGUUUCAGUAGAACUGUUAUUGAUCAGCUGGUUUGUGAUAUCGCUGAUGGGCGCUAUACCUGUACAUCUUUCCCACAUAAGAAGCAUGUGUCAACAGGAGAUGAAAUCAUCACACGUGUGUCUAGAAAGGGAUGUUGCAGAGAAGCCACCUUGGAGUGUCAGAAUAGAAUUGCAGAAGGUCAAAAAAAAUUAAAGCAUAGUGAGAAUGAUAUCUCUCCAUCGCAUGUUGAGAAGAUAAAAGAAUGCAUUGUGGCUAGAUAUAGUGUCUCUGAAAAUGAUUUACAGAAGAGAAAUACUUUAGGCUCUCAAACAGGGAACUUGAAUCUAAAAAGAGGUUACUUGCAUUCAUCGAUAUCAAAGCAAUCCAAGGUAACAAACAGACCCCACGAGGCAACUGCAAAAGUAAAGAGCAAGUGCUUCCAGACACAGGGAACACUUCGAAGGAUCAUUCUAAUCAUCCAUGUGCAUUUAAUUUAGCCUCUAUGAGAAAAAAACUGCCUUCACAUAGCAGGAGCUCCAAAAGUAUUGUUCAUGAAAAUGAAUUACCUGAUGAAAUUGGAAAUAAUGAGCAAUCUAAGCAGACAGAUGCUCAUGAUGGUAUGCUUGAUGGAGAUCUUGGAGAAAGUCACCAUGGGAAUAGGAAAAAUAGAAUUCGUAAUAAAGAGUCAUCGAUGAGGGGCUCCAAAAGUAUUGUCCAUGAAAAUGAAAUACCUGGUGGAAUCAGAAAUAAACAGCAAUUUAUGCAGACAGAUGCUCAUGAUUGUAGGCUUAGUGGAGAUCUUGGAGAAAAUCACUACGCGGAUAGGAAAAACAGAAUUCGUAAUAAGAAGUCAUCAAUGAGGGAAACCUUUCCCUUGCCUGGUGCACGUAGAGUCAAGUUACCUUGGACAAAGGAUGAAGAAGAGAUUUUAAAGGUCUAUUUUUCCUUGUAGGAAGGUAUGAAUAAAUUUCCAUGCGAUUCCAACGGAAUGAAAUGGAAAUGCAUAUUAGAGCAUGGAAAAGGUGUAUUUCAUUACUCUCGUCAUCCUGGUGACUUGAAGGAUAAAUGGCGUAAUAUGAAAAAACUCAGAAAAGGCAAUUCCUGAAGUACUUUAUACACCAACUUAUCUUGCCAAUAUUUUUAUCACUAUAAUGAGAAUCACUAAUUUGCUGGUUCAACUUUGUAUGGGAUGCAUUCUUAGUUUUAGUUCUCGACCUACUUCUUCUAAGAAUGAUAUCAUUACUUCACUGAAAACAUUCUGUGGUGCCAUAGGCUGUUUGAUGUUGAAUGCUUGUAUGAUACUACAAAAUACUUGUUUUGAGGGCAUGCUUACUCUGCAAGUCCCAUCAUUGAAUCCUAGCCUAUAUGGCUCAUCCAAAAAUGUCUGAAGAGAAGGUUAAGAGAUAUGCCUUCUCUGAUUCAUUCAAAGCAUAUGUCAUG